UUGAGUGGUGCGAAUUACAAGGCCGUAUCGGGUACCUGGAACACGGAGCCCCUCCAUCAUCCAUGUGACCACUUGCUCUCACUGCUCCCCCUCCGUACAUCCAUCCAUCCAUCCCUCCCUGCUAUUAUCUUUUCUUUUCAUUUCAUUUGGUAGCCCACAAGCGUGAGGAGCAAGCAGUAAUAAGCAAAAGGCGUGAGGAGCAAGCAGUAAUAAGCAGAAGGCGUAAGGGAGGAAGGAGUAGAAGAAGCAGCAAAAGAAGCAGAAGCAGAAGAGAUGAGGGGAGGCACUGGAAGUGGCACUCACAGUCACAGUCACUCACAGCUUCCUCUCCCGCUUCCAGGCAGGCCCAACCCCGAAAAGUCUCUGGAGGAGCUCACCCACCAAGACAUCAUGCAACUCACUCGCGAAGACUGCCGCCGCUACUUGAAAGAAAAAGGAAUGAGAAGGCCUUCGUGGAACAAAUCUCAGGCGAUCCAGCAGGUACUUUCAUUGAAAAAUUUGUUCCAUUCCACCCCUGACGACUACGACGACACCAAAACCGCCAAAGAAAAAGAAAAUGCUGAGGAUCCGGAUCCCGCUUCUUCUUCAUUCAAUGCCUCUCCACUCCCUCUAUCUGCCGAGUCUUUGAAGUUGGACUGGUUAGCUGACGCAGAAUUGCCAGUACUAGCAAGUCAACCUCCAAGCAUUUCCGGUCAAAAUGUUUUCUUCAACGCUUCCUCAACCAAACAAUCCGGAGCGGCGCAACUCACCAUUUUUUACUCUGGAAACGUUAACGUCUACAACGAUGUACCUGCAGAGAAGGCACAAGCAAUAAUGCUGCUCGCCGGGGCAGCAAAUCAUUUGCCGUGUUCCAGAUUGCCGAAUGUACAGUUACAGGAUGCGCCCUAUCCCACCACCUGCAUUCCCGCAGGGACCCCAACCGCUCAAAUACUACAUAAAGGUAAAGAAACGCCCGUAACGAGGAAGGCAUCGCUCCAAAGAUUCCUGGAGAAAAAGAAGGACAGAGGGCGGUGUAAGACAAGCGCAUCGGCAUCAAAGAGGCCUCCAAUGCUGAUGGGGAUGUUUAUGCACCCUUCAUAUUGGAGUGAAGCGGGCAAAAAGAAGGCGGCCACAAAAUCCACUUCUACUUCUACUUCUACUUCUCCUUCUCCCACCAGACCUCCGCAGACGCCAUCGUCCGAUGAGCAGGCGCUCGUUAGGAAGUCAAUGAUUGAAGAAGCAUCCUAACUCUGACAUGGAUAUGGAUCAUUCAAAACUAAACUUGUAAACAUGACAUGGAUGGAUCUGCAUUCUGCAGCUCGAGGUAUAUGAAUAUCAAAUUUUGGAAGAGCUCUUUGUUUUAUUUUAUAUAAAUUGGAACCAGUUACCUUUCUCUUUUAAA